AUGUCCAGCUGCCCCGGCGGCCGCCUGGCCCGGGCACUGCCGCGGGCGCUGGCGCCGGCUCUGGUGCUGGCCCUGCUGGUCGGCGUGUUCCAGAGCGGCCCCACAGGCGCGAUCCCGCCUUUGAAGAACCGCUGGGGACGCGAAGGGCCGACACCACCCACCUUCCGUAAUCUCUCGGUGCUCCUGGACCCCGCGACCGGUCAGCUGCGCCUGGUGGACGGCCGUCACCCGGACGCGGUGGCUUGGGCCAACCUCACCAACGCCAUCCGCGAGACCGGGUGGGCCUUUCUGGAGGUGGGCACAAGUGGCCGCUACAAUGACAGCCUGCAGGCCUACGCAGCAGGCAUGGUGGAGGCCGCUGUGUCCAAGGAGCUCAUCUACAUGCACUGGAUGAACACGGUGGUGAACUACUGCGGCCCCUUUGAGUAUGAGGCCGGCUACUGCGAGAAGCUCAAGCACUUCCUGGAGACCAACCUGGAGUGGAUGCAGGAGGAGAUAGACCUGAACAGAGACUCGGCUUACUGGCACCAGGUACGGCUGACCCUCCUGCAGCUGAAAGGCCUGGAGGACAGCUAUGGAGGCCACGUGAACUUCCCAACUGGGAGAUUCACCAUCAAACCCUUGGGAUUCCUCCUGCUGCAGCUCUCUGGGGACCUGGAAGACCUGGAGCCGGCCCUGAAUAAGACCACGACCAACCGUGUGCUGGGCUCGGGUUCCUGCUCCGCCCUCAUCAAGCUGCUGCCCGGCCAGCAUGACCUCCUGGUCGCCCACAACACCUGGAACUCCUACCAGCACAUGCUUCGUAUGAUCAAGAAGUACUCUUUCCAGUUCCACCAAGGCCCGCAGGAGGACUCCCCGCUGGUUCCCAGCAACAAUCUGGUCUUCUCAUCCUACCCUGGCACCAUCUUCUCCUGUGACGACUUCUACGUCCUCAGCAGCGGGCUGGUGACCCUGGAGACCACCAUCGGCAACAACAACCCGACGCUGUGGAAGUACGUGCAGCCCAAGGGCAGCGUGCUCGAGUGGGUGCGCAACAUCGUGGCCAACCGCAUGGCCUCCGAUGGGGCCGCCUGGGCCGACGUCUUCAAGAAGUACAACAGCGGCACGUACAACAACCAGUGGAUGAUCGUGGACUACAAGGCGUUUGUCCCCGGCGAGCCCAGUCCCGGGAGCAAAGUGCUCACCAUCCUAGAGCAGAUCCCGGGCAUGGUGGUGGUGGCUGACAAGACCGAGGAGCUCUACCGGAAGUCCUACUGGGCCAGCUACAACAUCCCCUCCUUUGAGACUGUCUUCAACAUCAGCGGAGUGCAGUCCCUAGUGGCCCAGUACGGGGACUGGUUCUCCUACAACGGCAGCCCGCGGGCCCAGAUCUUCCUCCGAAACCAGUCCAUGGUGCAUGACGUGGACUCCAUGAUCCAACUCAUGCGGUACAAUGACUUCCUGCACGAUCCCCUGUCGUGGUGCAAAGCCUGCACGCCCCAUCCGAAUGCAGAGAACGCCAUCUCGGCCCGCUCCGACCUCAACCCCGCCAAUGGCUCCUACCCGUUCCAGGCGCUGCACCAGCGCUCGCACGGCGGCAUUGACGUGAAGGUGACCAGCUCGGCUCUGGCCAAGGCCCUGAGCCUGCGGGCGGUCAGCGGCCCCACGUGGGACCAGCUACCCCCCUUCCAGUGGAGCACCUCGCCCUUCCGCAGCCAGCUGCACAUGGGCCAGCCUGACCUCUGGAAGUUCUCACCCAUUGAGGUCCGGUGGGAUUGA